CACAGUCACUGGGACGCUUUGGCUUGGUGUACUCCCGGCGCCCCGCGGUUCAGCCUGCUGCUCCAGCGCCCGUCACGACUACACCUGCUGCUCCCCUCCCUCGUGGCGCCGUCCGAGUCAACCCUGUGACCAACCAGCAUGCCAUGGUCACUAGGGCCAAGCGUGGUAUUCGCCUGCCGGCUCUGUAUCAUGCGGUGCCCUUAUCACCGAUUCCUCGGACGUAUCGUGCCGCCCUCGCUGAUCCCAAUUGGCGUGCUGCAAUGGAAGCUGAGUACUCUGCCCUCCUGUCUAAUAAUACAUGCGAUCUUCUUCCUCGACCAUCUCAGUGUAAUGUUGUCACCGGCAAGUGGAUUUUCAAGCAUAAAUUCAAGACUGAUGGAUCUUUUGAGCGCUAUAAAGCUCGUUGGGUACUUCGUGGAUUCACUCAGCGUCCUGGAAUUGAUUUUGCUGAAACCUUCAGUCCGGUGGUCAAGCCUGCUACAGUUCGGACGGUUCUAUCUCUGGCUCUGUCACGUUCCUGGCCUGUUCAUCAGCUUGAUGUCAACAAUGCUUUCUUGUAAGGCAAUCUGUUUGAGACGGUCUAUUGCGCUCAGCCUUCUGGAUUCGAGGACUCCGCACAUCCAGAUUAUGUGUGCCGGCUUAAUCGCUCACUUUAUGGUCUUAAGCAGGCGCCUCGUGCAUGGUACAGCCGGUUUGCUUCACAUCUUCUGCAGCUUAGUUUUGUCGAAGCUAAGUCAGACACUUCUUUGUUCAUCUACCAUCGUGGCGAAGAUAUGGUCUAUCUUUUGCUGUAUGUUGAUGAUAUUGUCUUGACGGCUUCCUCCGCUGAUCUUCUGAGGCGCACCAUCAUCUCUCUCCAACAGGAAUUCUCACUGAAGGAUCUUGGCGCCCUUCAUCAGUUCCUUGGCAUGCAGGUUCAACGAGUGGGUUCAGAUCUCUUUCUAUCUCAACGGCAGUACAUGAUUGAGAUCCUUGAGCGGGCUGGCAUGGCAGAUUGCAAGCCUUGUGCGACUCCUGUAGACCUGAAUCCCAAGUUGUCAGCUGAUGGUGCUCCUGUUUCAGAUCCCACGGAUUUUCGCAGUCUUGCUGGUGCCCUCCAGUAUCUUACUUUCACCAGGCCAGAUAUCUCUUAUGCAGUUCAGCAAGUCUGUCUUCACAUGCAUGAUCCCCGGGAGCCUCAUCUCACUGCUCUGAAGCGCAUUCUGCGUUACGUCCGUGGCACAUUACAUAUGGGUUUGUUCCUGCGCCCCUCUUCUCAGUCAGAUUUGGUGGUCUAUUCUGAUGCUGAUUGGGCUGGCUGUCCAGAUACACGCAAGUCUACCUCAGGCUAUGCCGUUUUCCUUGGUGAUAAUCUGAUCUCCUGGUCGUCCAAGCGUCAGAACACUGUUUCUCGCUCCAGUGCAGAGGCUGAGUAUCGAGCUGUCGCUAAUGCAGUUGCUGAAGCCACCUGGUUACGCCAACUCCUGUCUGAGCUGCACACUCCUUUGCGCAAGACAACCUUGGUGUACUGCGACAACAUCAGUGCUGUCUAUAUGUCCUCCAAUCCCGUUCAGCAUCAGCGCACCAAACAUGUGAAGAUCGAUCUUCAUUUCGUUCGGGAGCGUGUUGCACUUGGUGAUGUGCGUGUUCUUCAUGUCCCGACGACAUCUCAGUUCGCCGACAUCUUCACCAAGGGGUUGCCUUCAUCCGUCUUCACGGAGUUUAGGUCCAGUCUUAAUGUUCGGUCACCCGACGAUUUGACUGCGGGGGCGUGUUAGACAGAUUCUGUAUAUACUUGUGUAGUUGUGUGUGGGUCCUGCGCUAGGCAUGUAUAAGCCGGCCGGCCCUGUGUUUGGUUAGGGAGAUAUGGUUAGUUAAGAGUCCUGAGUAGAUUUGGUUUCGGGGUUUCCUUUAGCCCCAAGCUAGAGAUAUGGUUAGUUAGAGUCCUGAGUAGAUUUGGUUUCGGGGUUUCCUUUAGCCCCAAGCUAUUCUCAGCCCUAUAUAUGUAACCUGUGUAUCUCCCAAUUAAUCAAGCAAUUAUUCCACACAAAUUACAUCUCUUUCACUUUUAAU